CAAAACGACUUCGUUUUAUUUAUCUCUCAGCGUCUCACAAACACUCUUCGCCUUCAACCUCCAGAACCCUCACCGCCUCUGCUUCGAUUUUGAAAACACCAAAAUCACUGUUCACUCUCCGUAACGAGCAAUGGCUUCGACGACGACGGCGGGGAUAAAGCGGCGCGAGGUCUCUUCCUCGUCGACGGCUAAAGAGGAAGACAAGCUCAUCGUGACUCCAUUAGGCGGCGGAAGCGAAGUCGGCCGCUCUUGCGUUCACAUGUCCUACAAGGGCAAAACCGUCUUGUUCGACUGCGGCAUCCACCCGGCCUUCUCCGGCAUGGCCGCUUUGCCCUAUUUCGAUGAGAUUGAUCCCUCCACCAUCGAUGUCCUUCUCAUAACGCAUUUUCACUUGGAUCAUGCUGCAUCCCUGCCUUACUUCCUUGAGAAGACCACAUUCAAGGGCCGAGUCUUUAUGACAUAUGCAACCAAAGCUAUCUACCACUUGCUUUUGAAAGAUUAUGUGAAAGUCAGCAAAUUUUCAGUUGAAGAUAUGCUGUUCGAUGAGAAGGACAUAAAUGCUUCUAUGGACAAAAUUGAGGUUAUUGAUUUCCACCAAACAGUAGAAGUUGGGGGCAUCCGGUUUUGGUGCUACACUGCAGGUCAUGUCCUUGGUGCUGCUAUGUUUAUGGUUGAUAUUGCCGGUGUUAGGGUCCUCUACACUGGAGAUUACUCACGUGAAGAAGAUCGACACCUCCGUGCUGCUGAGAUCCCGCAGUUCUCCCCUGAUGUAUGCAUUAUCGAGUCCACAUAUGGUGUCCAGCACCAUCAACCUCGAAAUGUCCGAGAGAAGCGCUUCACUGAAGCUAUACACACAGCCAUCUCUCGAGGUGGUCGUGUCUUAAUACCUGCAUUUGCACUUGGCCGUGCCCAAGAACUUCUCCUGAUUCUUGACGAGUAUUGGUCCAGUCAUCCGGAGCUCCAUAACAUUCCUAUAUAUUAUGCUUCACCACUGGCAAAGAAAUGUCUGUCUGUUUAUGAGACGUACACUCUCUCAAUGAAUGAUAGGAUCCGCAAUGCCAAGUCAAAUCCUUUUAUCUUCAAGCACAUAUCACCACUAAAGAGCAUUGAGAAUUUCAAAGAUGUAGGCCCCUCAGUUGUGAUGGCAAGCCCUGGUACUCUUCAAAGUGGGUUGUCAAGGCAGCUUUUUGAUUUGUGGUGUUCUGAUAAGAGAAAUGCAUGUGUGAUUCCAGGUUAUGUGAUUGAGGGGACACUUGCUAAGACAAUCAUCAAUGAACCGAAGGAGGUUACCCUUACUAAUGGGCUUGCCGCUCCUCUCAACAUGUCAAUCCAUUACAUUUCAUUCUCUGCUCAUGCAGACUCUGUUCAGACAAGUGCCUUUCUGGAGGAACUGAGGCCUCCAAACAUCAUUCUUGUGCAUGGAGAAUCUCAUGAGAUGGCAAGGUUAAAAGACAAACUACUGACGCAAUUUCGUGAUCGCAGUACCAGAAUACUAACACCCAAGAAUUGUCAAUCUGUGGAAAUGCAAUUCAGCUCGCAGAAAAUGGCGAAAGCCAUUGGAAGGAUUGCUGAUAGAACCCCAGAAGUUGGUGAAAAAGUUAGUGGCUUACUGGUAAAAAAAGGUUUUAGUUAUCAGAUAAUGGCCUCCGAGGAUCUUCAUGUUUUCUCACAGCUGUCCACGGCAAAUGUCACUCAGCGUAUUACUAUCCCGUACGCUACUGGCUUCAUGGUGAUAAAUCAUCGGCUGAGGCGAAUAUAUGAGAGUGUAGAAUCUUCUGUGGAUGAGGAAUCUGGAGUACCAACGUUGAAAGUGCAUGAUCGCGUGACACUGAGGCAGGAUACAGAUAAGCAUGUAUCACUUCAUUGGAUAUCAGAUCCGAUCAGUGACAUGGUGUGUGACUCGAUUGUGGCUCUAAUUUUGGCUAUCAACCGAGAACUCCCCAAGGUAGUUGAUGAAUCGGGUGACAUAAACCAUGAGGAGGAGAAUGCUAGGACGGAAAGGGUCAUUCACGCACUUCUUACCUCGCUCUUUGGGGAUGUGCAGCGUGGAGAUAACGGGAAAUUGGUGAUCAGUGUUGAUGGAAAUGUGGCACAGCUCAAUAAACAAACUGGGGAAGUUGAGAGUGAAAAUGAAGGCCUCAAGGAAAGAGUAAAGACAGCAUUUCGUCGAAUCCAAAUUGCGGUGAGGCCAAUUCCUCUCUCUGCAACAUAGCUGCUUUGUCUUAGAGUUUCCACGUCUUUGUAAAUUUCAGCCGUUAGCAACAGAGGAAUUCUGAACAGAAACACCAGUUUUGGUUAAAUGCAGCACUCUUUCCUCUAUUUGUCUUCUGUUUUUGUUUUGAACUGUUUGCUUCCAUUUGUUCAUUAAUUCGUGUUUGCAAUGUUAUGUGUCUUAAACUGGUGCUUGAA